AUGAGCUUCGAGUCUACGACAUCACCCCUCAAGAGCGUGCAAGCAUGUUGGGCACGCAUCUCCCAGAACUCCCCCAUCUACAACUUCCUGUUCUCAGACAUUGUCCUUAGCAGUGCUACCCACGGCUCCAUGACAGCUUCUCUGCCCGUCACGUCGCAUCACUUGAACUCCAAGGGCGGCCUUCAUGGCUCUGUAUCCGCGACGAUUGUCGACUGGGCGGGCGGAAUGGCCAUCGCCAGUACCGGUCUGGAGAAGACGGGAGUCAGCACGGACAUCCAUGUCUCGUACGUCUCGUCUGCAAGACUCGGCGAUGUAUUGACCAUCGAGGGCAAUGUGAACAAGGUGGGCAGAAACUUGGCCUUUACUACCGUCACCAUCUACAAGGGCGAAGGAGAGGGCAAGACCGUGGUUGCACACGGCACUCAUACCAAGUAUGUUCUGCGAGACCAUCCGGACAACAAAAGGUCAUGA